ACAAAUGUUCAAUAUGACAUCUUUGGUGUUGGUUUUAUUUCUCAAUGUGUUGGGUUGAAAACUUUCUCAUAUGUAUUUUAAAGUUUAAACAACUAUUGAUAUACAAUUCAGCUGGUCCUAUUAAAGUCUCUGUAUUGAAGACGACUUGUUGAGAUAUUUUCAAUAGCAUCCAGCGGCAGACAUCUUUCUUUCUUGAACAAAGUCAUUGACAGCAAAUAAUGAAAAAUGUCAACAUUGAAGUUCAUAGUUCUUCUGAUAGUGAUCAUGGUUUCUAGUGUCAAGGGACUUAGCGAAGGUGAAGUCGCCUCUGCUGUAGAAGAGUUAGGCAAGAAUGAGACCUUUAUGAAACUUUUAGAAAGGUUUCUGAUUGAACCAUCCAUCUCUUUAAUAGAAAAUUUUCCUUGUGAAGAGCUCCAGCAAGUUAGAUCUCUAGAGAGUACUGAGGAAUAUGAGUAUGAGAAGCAAUUAAAUGAUUUUAAAAUCCAAGUGGACGAAACAUUUGAAAAAGAGUUCAACAAGGUCAGGAUAGAUCUAAACGACACUUCAGUUGUGAAGAGGGACAAUGGCACAUUGAAGAAUAAAACAAGUACAGCUAAAUCGGUUCAUGAGCUACGACCAUCUGAUAUAAAUGUCAUCGCUGCUUUGGGAGACUCAUUGACGGCUGGUCGUGCUGUAGGGAGUAGACAACUUACAUCUAUACUACAUGACUUUAGAGGAUUAUCUUGGAGUAUAGGGGGAGAUGAAACAUUUCUUACAUUUCAAUCCUUACCCAAUAUUUUAAAGAACUACAACCCUGACAUCUACGGCUACUCUACUGGAGUGGACAACAUAGAUUCCAAGUUGAACUUUGCCAUCAGCGGAGACCUGUCUUUCAACAUAUUGAGUCAAGCAGAACGCCUGGUGAUGGCCAUGAAAACCAACAGAAAUAUUGACUUUGAUAACGACUGGAAGCUUAUCACGGUAUUCAUUGGUGCGAACGACCUCUGUAAGAGAUGUCAUGUAGAAACAUCCCCUGAAAGCUACAUAAGGAAUCUGAAGGCCACGCUAGAUAUUUUGUACUCCAUACCUCGGACAUUGGUCAAUUUGGUGGAAAUCAUGAAUGUUGAUCAGCUACGGCAGCUUAAAAAAGAUCCAAUGUGCAUGAUGGUGCAAAAACUUGUCUGUGACUGCAUUUCCUUCCCACAAAGCGAGGAGGAUUUUAACCACUUGCAAAAUACUCGUGAGGAGUUUCAGAAGAAGACUGAAGAGCUCCUCAUGUCCGGUGUGUACGAGACACGUGAUGACGCAGCUGUUGUCCUGCAGCCUUUCUUUAGGGACGUGACUAUACCUUUACUGGACAAUGGUGACAUGGACAUGACGUAUUUCGCCAUUGACUGUUUUCACAUGAGUAAAAAGGGGCAAUCAGUCAUGGGUAUAAACUUAUGGAACAACAUGUUAGAGCCCGUGAACAACAAGACCACCAAAUCUGACUGGACGAAAGCAUUUCAAUUAAAAUGUCCAACAAAGGAAUCGCCGUUCUUCUAUACUCACCGCAAUAGUGGAUUACGUCAUAGACAAAGUUUUGUUCACAAAGCAGACGAGAAUGUCACUAACACUGUUCUGGAGAAAACCUUGAAUCAGAAAACGGAAAUGGUCUCAGCAGACGAUACUUCUUUCCUUCAAAACAUCUCCAUUUUCGUGUCGUCUGCGAUCGGAAUGGUUAUCCUAGGUGUCGCUGUGAUCAUAUAUAAAUACAACAGGAAAAGAGCAGAAAUAAGAUGUAGCCUUGGAUACCAGGAAAUUUAAAUACCCUCUAUGUGACCUUGAGUGUCCUUUGACCUUAAUUGUACAAUGUACAAAGCUUAAAAAAAAAAAAGAUUAAAGAGAUUUUUAUCACAAAAUAUAUUUUACUCUAAUUUUAGUUUCCUUUCAAGUGGUUCCAAUGUAGAGGUAACGUGUAUUCUGCCAGGCACCAAAGAAAGAAAAUUCCCCCUUCUGGGCCAUGUCCAUCUUUAGCUAUGCUUUAUGGCAAUAGUUCUCAAAAGUUUGACAUAUGCGUACCUCUUCCAUAAUUUCUGUAACACUAAGUACCUUCGC